GUUGUAACAAGAUUUAAAUCAGUCAUAUUGAAUCUUCAAAGUAGUAAAAUUUAAAAUUUAAAAUUUAAAAUUUUUCUAGUUUAUUGAAUAAAUUUUGAAAAAUCGAAACUUUACGUAAAAUUUAAUAUUAUAAAUUCAGUGCUUAACUUGUCCUACAUUGAUUCAAAUAGGAGAGAAGAAUUCUUGUUCUAGAAUAAGGAUCAACUACAUUAGUGGGUGUUUUAUUUGAACUACCAACUGAAGCUCACAACUAAAAAUGAGUAAAGACACAAUAAAUACCAUCUACACGUGGGAAAUUAAAAAUUUCAGAGAGUCCAUUUGUUCACCAACGUUUACGCUGACAAACGAUAGCGAGACAAUAUUAAAACUGGAGAUUGAAAAAAGUUUUCAUGUCUCAUUAUAUUUAGCAUUUCUAAAAAUAAGCAACAAUUUAAAAAAAAAUUCUCAAAUUAAUAUGAAAUGUUCUAUCAUGAACAGCGAUUCUGUAAAAGUACUUACUCGACGAGCAAAUUUUUCAAUCGAUAACAUUGACGAUUAUGAAUAUGAAUUCUCAGAUUUUAUUUCAUUAUCAGAAUUAGAAAGUUUAAUGAAUCAUAAAAAAGCAAACAAAAUUACGAUAAUUUGUAAAAUCAAACAAAUGUGUGAUAUUUCUUCAAAAGUUUACUUUCCUGAAAACAUUCCCUAUUUUGAGGGAUUUAAAUUUUUCAUAAACAAUGAACAUUUAAGCGACGUAACUCUUAAUUUAGGUGAGCAAAAAAUUCGAGCUCAUAAAGUUAUUUUGGCUGCUGCAAGUCCUGUAUUUUCAAAAAUGUUUAAACACGAAUGUAAAGAAAACCUUACAAACGAAGUAAAAAUCGAUUUCGAGUAUGAAACAUUUUUAAACAUUUUAAAGUAUAUUUACAGUGGUAAAGUUGAAAACUUUAAUAGUCUAACAAUUGAAUGUUUUAAAGUUGCUGACUAUUAUCAAAUCGAUUCUUUGAAAACAGUUUACUUAGAAUUUUUACAGAAUAAUUUAGAAAAAUUAAAUAAUGUGUUUCAAGUUUUAAAACUCGCCGAUGACUAUCAAUUGAGUGAUUUAAAAAAUUACUGUAUAGCAUUUUUUGUUGAUCGUAGCAAAGUUUUGAUACAACACAAUGAUUUAAAAGCUCUAAGUGAAUCACAUCCUAAUUUAUUGUUCCAAUUGCUUGAAUCAGUAAUUGAUAGAAAUUAAAAAGAUAUUAUGUAAAAAGAAGACUGUAUCAUAAAAGAUGAAACUGCAAACUGGUAUUGCUCAAAAAUCCACUUUUUACUUUUAUAAAAGGUUAUUUAGAUUUAGUUAGUUGUAAUGUAUCAAGUAAAACUUUAUUUGUUAGCAAUAAAACAAGAAUACUCCAGUGAAUGUAUAUAUGUAUAUGCGGCAUUUUACAGAGUAUCGCAUAUUCUCAAAAAAGUGAGAAUUAUCAUAUUUGUUUGAAUUCAGUGCAAAGACAACUGAGGGGCUCAAAGUAAAAGUGGUAUAAAAUAACAGUGCAAGCAAAAGUGAGUCAAGUUUUCGUAAGCGCGGAAGAAAGAAACAAAUGUUACGCUACGAGGAAAAACGAAUUACUUUUGGCUGCGAGCAAAAGCGGGAUAAGAUUUCACUGCGCGCAAGAAAGGGAUACAGAUAUAUUCCGUUUUUGCCCGCACUCAUUUUAAGAUUCAUUUUUGCCUGUUUCACUCUUCCCAUAUAUUUUAUAUUAUUACCACUUUAAUACUUAUAAUGAUAUUAUUUCAAAAUUAAUUAACAAAUUCAAUUUUUUAAAAUUUUAAUUUUAAAAUAAUAUAAUUAUUUCAAGUUUUAGGUAUUUAAAUUUAAAUUCAAUUACUUUACAAUCAGACAAGAAUCGAAAAUUUUUUUUCAGCAGACCAUCAAUUUUUUUGCAUUUUCCUACUCAAGUAGGUACCCAAUAAAUACCUAAUAAGUUUCGUCCUAUUAUCGAUAGGGGAAAGUUGUUAAAUCAACCCCUAAAUUUAAAAAAAUAAAAAAAAAUAGGAAAAAAUUGUUAUUUAAAAACUAAUAACGAGACCAUAAAUUUUAUUGCAUAAAAUUCAUUCACUCGAUGCCCAAUCAAUACAAAAAAAUUUUGACCCGCAAGUCGAUAGGGGAAAGUUGUCAUUUUCAACCCUUAAUAUUUAAAAAAUCGAAAAAAAAUUACAAAAAACUUUAUUAAAAUUGCAGUUAUCCUUUGACCAGCGAUUUUCUUUUUGUUUAUUGUUUCUACAUACUCCACUA